UCGGUCUGGGCUUGGGAGAUGCCGAGGACAUCACGGUGAAGGGGCUGGAGGCGGUGAGGCGGUGCCGCAGGGUGUACCUGGAGGCCUACACGUCCCUGCUGACGGUGGGGAAGGAAGCGCUGGAAGAGUUUUAUGGAAAAGAAUUGAUUUUGGCUGACCGAGAAAUGGUGGAACAAGAAGCAGACAGCAUUUUAAAAGAAGCUGAUGUUUGUGAUGUCGCAUUUCUAGUAGUUGGGGAUCCCUUUGGGGCCACGACACACAGUGACUUAGUACUACGUGCAGUAAAAUUGGGGAUUCCAUACAAGGUCAUUCAUAAUGCUUCGAUAAUGAAUGCAGUGGGCUGCUGUGGUUUACAGUUGUACAAUUUUGGAGAGACGGUUUCUAUAGUUUUCUGGACAGAUACAUGGAAGCCAGAGAGCUUUUUUGACAAGAUCAAGAAGAACAGGCAGAAUGGAAUGCACACACUCUGCUUACUUGAUAUUAAGGUGAAGGAGCAGUCUCUGGAGAACCUGAUGAAGGGAAAAAAGAUAUAUGAGCCACCACGCUACAUGAGUGUGACUCAAGCUGCAGAACAGCUUCUUUGCAUUAUUCAAAACAGGAGGCUCCAAGGAGAAGAACCAGAAAUUUCUGAGGACACGGUUUGUGUUGGGCUCGCACGUGUGGGUGCUCCAGAUCAGAAGAUUGUUUCAGGCACACUGCAUCAGAUGUCUACGGUGGAAUUAGGUGGUCCACUACAUUCCUUAAUUGUUACAGGCAAUAUGCAUCCCCUGGAAUUAGAAAUGCUUAAGCUUUUUUCUGUAGCUAGUUCCAGUUUUGAAAAUAGUAUCUUUCAAAGGACCACUUAAAUAAAAAUGGGGCAUUUAAACUU